GCGAGAGUUGAACUGUAAACCGCCUCCUCAGACUCUAAUUGGUUGGUAAAUCCUCUUUGUCACAUUUGUUCAGUUCAGUCUGAACCUGAACAUCAGGUGUGAAAAGUUCCUCAGAGCAGAAGUGGAGUUCUGGGUCUGGAUCAAACUGAACCAGGUUCUGUUGGUUUGCAGUGAAAACACUUUGUUGAAGAGUUUGGACCAAUCACAGGAAGUAGAGCCAGAAUUAAACAGUAGAAGAAGAAGAAGAGGAAGCAGCUGCAGUCUUCAUCUCCGACGACAUAAUGUUUGAACCACGAGGACGUUCAUUUGGUGCAUUUGAACUAGUGGAGUACUGUAGUACUGCUUAGUACUGUAGUACUAUGGAGUAGUGCUUAGUACUGUGGAGUACUGUUGUACUGCUUAGUGCUGUAAAGUACUGUGGACAAGGGCUGCACCUAUCGAUUAUUUCUUUAUCGAUUAAUCUAAUGAGUCUCUUUUAUUACUUGAUAAUAUAGUUGUUGAAGUAGCCCUGUAGUUGUAUCAAUUUCUGUAUGAAGCAAAAAACAGUCAAAUAAAAUAAUGUAAGUAUAAUUCAAUAGUAUUUCAAAAAUGUUUAUUAUUCAUUUUCACUCUGAACUGAAUAAUAAUAAAUAAUAUUUACUCAUUUCAACAAAAAAAAGGGCUUAAAACAUUAAAAAAAAAAAAGAUGUAGUGUGAGUUUCCCCUUUUCUUCCUUUUUCUUAAUAUAAACUACAUUUCACAUAUAAACAAUCUCAACGAACAUUAACAGCUUUAACUUUCCUCUUUGUUCCCACUUGCUCUGGUUCAGUGAAGUAAACUCCAGGGGUAUUACCGUAAAGACGGGAAAAGCUGCGCAGGUUCAAAUAGAAACGCUCUGUCACAAUUUAAUAACAGGUCUGGGUCCGUAAAGAGGCUCAGGGUCCGGACCAGGGUCCAACUGUUGAGAACCUAUGCUCCAAGAUCAUGGGCCAUUAAACCCAACCCGUCAGGGUGUGACCAUCCCCAGUCAGCGGCGUUAUGUCAUCUACUACAGCUUCCUGUUGAGGAACCAGCUUCAGUAUAAACCUGUGGCUCUGCUCUUCCACAAGAUGCUGUUUGAAACGAUCCCAAUGUUCACAGCUGGAGCCUGCAACCCUCAGUUUGUCGUCUACCAGCUGAAGGUGAAGAUUCACACCUCUAACCCCGCCCACACGCGGCGAGAAGACAAAGUGAUGCUAUUUGAGUUCCCGCAGCCACUUCCUGUCUGUGGAGACAUAAAGGUGGACUUCUUCCACAAGCAGAACAAGAUGAUGAAGAAGGAAAAGAUGUUUCACUUCUGGGUCAACACCUUCUUCAUCCCGGGGCCGGAGGAGAACACGGACAAGCUGGAGAACGGCAGCACCGGGCCCCUGAGGGAACCAGCCGACAGAACGCAGCAGAACCUGGUGAUGACGAUGGCGAGCGUGACAUCGGGAGGAGAAACCAGUGACCGGGAGUAUCUGAUCCUCACGCUGAUCAAGAACGACCUGGACAAGGCCAACAAAGACAAGGCCAACAGGAACUUCUCCCCUAACUUCAAGGUGAAGCUGUUUUUUACCAAGACGGUGGAGGAAGGAGCUAACUGUGACACUAGCAGCACGUCGACCUCUGUGACCCCGGACGUCAGCGACAACGAACCGGAUCACUACCGCUACUCCGACACCACGGACUCUGACCCGGAGACCGAGCCCUUCGAAGACGACCACCACAAUCAGAUCACAAAUGUCUGACACACACUCAUACACACACAUAUAUACACAGUAUGUCUAUAUAUAUAUAUAUAUAUAUAUAUAUAUAUAUAUAUAUAUAUAUGUAUGUAUGUAUGUACACACAUGAACCCAUGAGUAAGACUAGCGCAGUGUUAGCUUACGGUGAGUAUAUAACUGACCCACCAGAACUGAUCGGUGGGACUCGAUCAAAUGAUAAACCACGCCCCCCUGCCCCCACCUCCAAUCGUCUGCUCGGUGCACACCUGGACAAUCACAUGACACGUGGUCAGGGUGAGGACGUUGGUGUCUAAUGGACAAUAAGACGGAUGAAUGGACAGAGUUAAAGGGGUAAAACUUGAAUAUAAACAAACUGAAAGACGAGUCCAUUUCUUUAUUGACGACACCAAGAGGAGAAAGAAAGAAGACGAGUCCCCGGAUGUGUCCCUCCCUCCUUCCUGACCAGUUUCAAGAAGCUUCUUGCAGACCAGUCGUUUGCUGGUUUCUGCCCUCUUCGUUUUUUAAGCUGUCAGAGUUGACUCUUCUCUCUGUGUCCUAACUUGAGGUGAGUGUGGCUCCAUGUUGUUUGAAGGCCAGUGCUCUUAUUUUUGAAUUUCAGCAAAGAAAAACCUGUUAUUAUUUAUUAAUAUAACAUUCGACAGAGUCUAAAUCUGAAUUGAAAUGAAACGGAUUUUAAUCAUUGAACUGAUGGAACCAGGACAGUGAACAAACGUCAUCACUAUUAAUUUAUAUCUGUAGUUAUAAAAAAAGAGUACAUUGGCCCAGCAGCUCUAGAACAACAGUAAUCAACCAAAGUUCAAGUUUUCACCCUGGUCUUCAAAAGUCCUCAUGACCGAGAACAAGCUGGUCGGUCUGGACCGUUAGAAUCCGUCAAUCUGAGCUGGUUCAGGACUGGGUUGGGGUCAGGACUGGUCUGGACUGGCCUCGGUACUGGUCUAGACACAGUUUGGACCGGUCUCACUUGGACUGGAUUUGUGACCAAGCAGCAUACAAAGAGAGGUGACGACCUUUAGUUUGAAUGUGACGAGGAAGAAGAGAAACUUGGAUUAUUCACAAUCUGCUGCAGCUCUGUCAAUCAUCCACUGUUGAAACCACGUAGACUUCAAACCUGCCGUGAACAAGCGCUCCUCCGACCCUCUGCUCACAGAUUUGCACAGAAUGAUUCUCUUCAGCUCUUCAAUCAAUUCUACAGUUACAGAAAAUCUAUUUUUGUUAUUCUCUCAUAUCAAUCAUUAAGCUAAAAAUCACGUUAUAACCAUUCCUGCAGCCAGAUCUGCUGUGAGCUUUACACCUGAAGGCUUCAAACUAAAGCAGAAACGACAACAGAGCGCUUACUUUACAAGUGCCUGGUUGCCAGGCGGGUGGUGAUUGCACUUUAUAAAGGACGGUUGAGUUUGUAACUAUUUCUGGACGAGGUCGGUCCAUCCUAGAAAACCGGUUAUGCCUCGUUCACACUACAUGAUUGUAGAUAAAAGGCCGAAUCGCAGCCAAACUGGUGUUUGACCAGCAGGCGCUAUGUUAGGACUCUUCAAAGACUCAAGAGGCCUUCUCUAGUCAAACAAACCGGGGACAGAGCAGACAGCUGGGGGGGGGUUUCCACUUGCUGAAGAGGGUGUAGCUUGGGACCCCAUUACGUCAGGCGCAUAGUGUGUAAUCACAAGACGCCCAAUCACAAGACAGCAAGUCAUGUAGUGUGAAGUGCACAGCCAUCCUCCUGUUGUGUUGACAGAUCCAGUCCUUCUGUGAAGCUGCUGUCAGGAGCUCAGAGCUCAGAGCUUCUCAACUUUGGCGUCAGGACCCGGUCGUGGCUUUGAGGAAGAAUCUCACCUCCACAGUUAAGAGUCAAGUCGAGGUUUGGCCUCUGUGUGACUUUGGUUUCUGACAUUUAAAGAAAGGUAACACUCUGUAAUUAUUACUGUUUGUAGACUAUUAAUCUUUGUCUUCGCUAUCACUUUUUUGAGGCAUUCAAGCGCUUACAUUCUUUACAACUGACCCUUUAAUGCCGAGGACGACAGUUUGAGGAUCAGGUCACUAUCACUGCAGGUUUGAGACUGUUCUCUCUGGAUCUCACAGAACCACGUUCAGUUCUCAGACCUGUUUCUCUUAAACCACAGAUUUAACCUCAUCAGAGUGAAACGAUCCAAAACUAAUCUCCAGUUAGUUUGUAUUCUCAACUCUUCUUGAUGUUAAGGUUUGUCUGUUCACGCAACAAGCAGUUUUUCAGCUUUUCUCCAAACAGUUGAGAAGCUUCAGGAUGUGCACCUUCUCAUGUUUGUUGGCUUCACAGCAGUUGUGAUUUUUCUAAUGAAAAACAUUUAGCCAGCAGCCAAGAAAUCCUCUGUAAAUACUAUCAGUCACCAGUCGAUCAGAGAAAACCUUAUUAUCAUCUGAGCAUCUGCCUCCAGAUGCCCGAUCUCCGUCCUAACAUUUAGUUCUACAACCAAAUCAGCUGUUUGAUUGUUCUUCAGUUAGGUUCCUGUUGUCUGUAGGCCCUGAUCACACAGGACGCACUGUGGAGGCCGACACAUGAACACAACUUGUUAUAGAAUCACUGAAGGCAGAAGUUCUGACUGGGACCCACGGGGUGAUGUCUGGACAGGAGCGAUUCCCGACCUCAGAGUCAACAACUCGUUGGACACAAACGUUUCAGUGACGUUCCGAUCCAGUUCAGUCAGAGAAUCUUCGGUUGGAUAAGAAAGGGUUGACAGCUACCUGAGCCAGAGGCAGAGAUGUGAUGGUUCCAGUUGUUCAGGUUGUUCCGAGUCGACUUUGUGUUGAGGGAACAAAGACACAUGUAGGGGACGUUCAGUCGGAUUCAGAUCCUAGAUCACAAACACAGGACUGGUAGAAAAAGUGUCUGGUGCUGAUAAACUGUCUCCUGUGUGAUCAUAUCUUGUUCCACCUUGUGUUACGAGCAAACUGGUGCUUUGAGCCGUAGUUGUUGGGCCCACAGUCCACCAUGUUGGGUUUUAGGUGCUAAGUUAAGCUAACCAGCUGAGCCCGUUGUCCAUCUGUGGUGCUCGUCCAGUCUUCAUCGGUCCGCAGGUUGUUUGUGUAGCUGCCAAAAUGUUUAAGCAACAAUAACACAACUCCUGUGGGUUCCUGUCAGGCGUGACCUCACCUCUUGCCAUCAACCCGUUCAGACAUGACUGGUGUGUAGACCUGUUCAGCAGAGCAGCUCAAAACCUGAACUUACUCAAAAAACGAUAAACUGCUGCGAACUUGUAUCAUGAUGCAAUAACGACCAUUUCCAUUCAGCGUUGUGGCGUUCGGGUCCAAUCAGGUCACAGCCUGGUCGGUUCUUCAACCUGUUUGUCGUCGGUAUCAACACGAGGACGUUGAGGACUUGAACAUGUGUUUCAGAAACAAGUCUCACCUCCUGCUGAACACAUGGAGCUGCACUGAACACAAGCGCGUGAACUGAACAGGUUCUGGGGAUUCUGGGGAUUCUGAGGUCAAGCAGGUGUCGUCCACGUCUCCAUGUCUCUGGUGCUCCGGGUCUUUGUCUUGGACCAUUUCAUUGCAGUUGGUUGUAGACAUCAACAGCAACUGUGUCAAAUCCAUCUAGGAACUUUGGACAGAACAUAGUUUGUAGGUCAACCAGGGUCGAUUCAUCAAGUCUCAUAACAUUCGGUAACAGAAAUUGUCUCUCUUCAAAAUUGUAUUAUAUUAAAAUAUGACUUGUCA